AAAAAAUUCCCAAAUUGAAAAGCUUCUUCUCCGAGCUUCGCCUCGUCACUAAACCCUAACCCUAAUCCCCAUAACGCUAGCCGCGGCUGUGGCCUCUUCUCGACCUCCCCGAGCUUCUCCUUCCCUUGAUUCACUUCGGCGCUGAAGAUGAGGAAGCUGAAGUAUCAUGAGAAGAAGCUCCUGAAAAAGGUGAACUUUCUUGAGUACAAACGGGAGGGUGGUCAUCGCGAGGCGUUCGUCACUCGUCGUUACAUGCUCACAGAGCGAGAUGAUUACAAGAAGUAUGCGACUAUUUGCCGGAUGGCUCAGAAGCUUGUGAAUAUCUUGAAGCAGUUGGAUCCCAGAGACCCUCACCGCAUUGAGAUGACUGAUAACUUGCUGGAAAAACUUUACAAUAUGGGUGUCAUCUCAACCAAAAAGAGCUUGGCCAAGUGUGAAAAACUUUCAGUGAGCUCAUUCUGCAGGCGCAGAUUGGCGUCUGUUCUUGUCUACUUGAAGUUUGCAGGGCAUCUAAAGGAGGCAGUUACUUAUAUUGAACAAGGCCAUGUACGCGUCGGGCCGGACACAAUCACAGACCCGGCAUUCCUGGUAACAAGGAACAUGGAGGACUUCGUCACCUGGGUAGAUUCUUCAAAAAUAAAGAGGAAGGUGGAUGUAUAUAAUGAGAAACUUGACGACUAUGAUGCGAUGAACUAGAAUCUCUAUAUCCAAAUCCUUUCUUGAAUUGUAACACUUUUUUUCUUCCUUUGAUUUUUGGCAAAGAUAAUCAAAGUUGUGUUCAUUGUGUCUAUCAAAUUUUGUCAACCCAAUUUUAUCAGCAAUUUGGACUAUCAUAUUGAGUUAUUAACAUUGUUUGUCA